AUGAAGAUGGAAGUCUCCCACUCCCAUUCCCCUCCCUUCCCACCAAGGAGAGGAAAUGGACAGGAUGGUAGCAUGGAGGAGUCUGGAGCCCCCUGUACCCAUCCCCAGGCUGCUAAAUGGGAGGGAGAAGAAGGCAGAGCAGAGAUAACCAUACUCUUCUCCCUUGGGAAGGCUGGUUUGUCAAGGGCUGCCCAAGUCUUUGAGUCCUUUGAAACUAAAAUCCACCAUCUAGAAACCAGGCCCGCCUCCAACGCCAAAAACCCUUCGCACCAUCUGGAAGUUCUUAUGAGGUGUGAAAUCCAUAACUCGAGCAUCAGUCUGCUCAUCAGCUCCUUGAGGAAAGUGGCUGAGGAUGUAAAAAUUCACUGGGAAGGAAGAGUCCCUUGGUUCCCAAAGAAGACUCAAGACCUUGACAAAUGCCAUCACUUGGUUACCAGGUUUGAACCCAACUUGAACCAUGAUCACCCAGGCUACGCUGACCUGCAAUACAAGAAACGAAGGGCAGAAAUCAUGGAACUGGCUGUCAACUACAGAGAUGGAGACCCUUUGCCAAAAGUUGAGUAUACACCCCAAGAGGUUUCUACCUGGAAAGUAAUCUACAGGAAACUCCGCAGUCUUUACCCUACCUAUGCCUGCAAAGAGUACCUGGAUGCUUUUCAGCAAUUGGAAGAAUAUUGUGGCUAUGCGGAAGACCAUAUACCUCAACUCCAGGAUGUAUCCAGAUUUUUAAAAGAGAGAACUGGUUUUCAACUGAGACCGGCUGCAGGACUCUUGUCUGCUCGUGAUUUCCUUGCCAGCCUGGCCUUCCGCGUAUUCCAGAGUACCCAGUACAUCAGACAUUCCUCCUCCCCCACGCAUUCUCCGGAACCAGAUUGCUGCCAUGAACUGUUGGGUCACAUUCCAAUGCUAGCAGACAAAGAAUUCGCCCAGUUCUCACAGGACAUUGGACUUGCCUCACUCGGAUCAUGUGACCUUGACAUUGAAAAACUGGCCACACUCUACUGGUUUACUGUGGAGUUUGGUCUCUGUAAACAGAAUGGGACCAUCAAGGCUUAUGGAGCUGGCCUUCUUUCAUCCUAUGGGGAGCUGAUGCAUGCUUUAUCAAGCAAGCCAGAGCACAAGCCAUUUGAAGCUGAAGUCGCUGCCAUCCAGCCCUAUCAAGACCAGGCCUUCCAGCCCAUUUAUUUUGUGUCAGAAAGUCUAGAAGAUGCCAAGGACAAGCUCCGGAAAUACGUUCAGAAGAUCCAGAGACCCUUCUCGGUCCACUAUGAUCCUUUCACUUGCUGUGUAAAUAUUCUAGACUCAGUCCAGAAAAUCAAGACGGUGCUCCACCAAGUGAAAGCAGACCUGGAACGUCUUAGCCAUGCCCUGGAGAAAGUGGCUUAA